GCUCUUUGGGAGACUAUCCGUUCUGUUUCAACUCUUCGUGAAAUCGUGUUUGAAAAGGAUUAAACAGUGGUGUGUGAAGAUCUGCCCAAAUCCGCACCUCUCCGUAGGGACCGGAGAGGACCCUCCCUGGCAGUUCCCCACUCUGCCCUGCAUCUCUCUUCCAAUGUGAGUUCUGUCCCUGCUGGUGGGCUGGUGGUAGUGCAGGUAUUAAAGCACACUUUGCUGGAUGGUUUGAUGGAGAUCUGGUCGGAUGACAGCUGGAACGGUUGUCAUUACCGGAGGAAUUCUCGCAACGGUGAUACUCCUGUGUAUCAUAGCAGUGCUUUGUUACUGUAGGCUCCAGUAUUACUGCUGUAAGAAGAAUGAGCUGGACGGAGACACGGGCUCCAGCUCGCUGCCCCAGUUCGCCUGCAACGCCUGCAGCGCUCCCGGGCUGGACGGGGCGGCCGUCACGCCCCUCUCCCUGUCCGCCGCCGACCCGGCGCCGGCCCGGAGCUACUGCCCCACCUGCUCGCCGUACGGCUCGCCCUUCUACGUGCGCACCGCGGACGAGACGCGCAACGGCGGCGAGCGCGUCACCUACAUGCCCGCGCACUACGAGAACCCGGCCCUGUCGCUCACCCUCUCCUCCCUGCACAGCGCCCCGCUGACCGCCCGCAACCCGCCAGACUUCUACGCCAACACGCGGGCCAUCAGCACCGAGGUCUGA